AUGAUUGCAUGUAGCGUAGCACCUACACUUUUACAUCCAGUCCCCAAGGCUCAUUACUUUUUGAUGUAG